AUGCUGCUCAGAGGAUUACGAGCCUGUGCUGAACGUGCCUCGAAGUCGCGCACGACAAACUUGGAUCGAAUUUCGAAGACCACCAAGGAAUUGUUAGGAAGAAGAAGGGCUUUGAGGCUUGAUCCGGCUGCAUCGCACAUUGAGCGGUUAGUAGCAAACACUAGCUGCAGAAAAGUGUUGCAGGAGGAUCUUUUGAAGUACAGGCAGAAGAAGAUUCUAGAAACAGCACAAAGAAGAACGAGCCUAAAGAAGUGCCGCAGGGAUCUCCGCGAAUAUAAUAUUCCGCUAGCAACCUUGCUGAGAGAAGACGGGACUCGCACGUCUUCUCGUCGUGAGAUAGAAAUCAUUACGGAGAGGUUCUACUCGAACCUUUUCCGUUCAUCAACUCCUGUGUCAAGCCCAAUCAUCCCCACUGGCGAAGCUCCACCACGGAUUCUCCCUUCGGAAGUACGAGUCGCUAUUAAGAGCAUGAAACCUGGCACAGCCGCCGGACCUGAUUUUAUAUCAGCAGACUUUCUUCGGGCUGAUGGCCAUCCGCUUCAUGUAAUCUUAGCAGCGCACAUGACAUCCUAUCUUCCGAAAGAAAGGAUCCCAGACCAGUGGAAGACCUCGCGAACCGUUCUUAUCCAUAAGAAAGGUGACCGAGAGGACCUUCGGAACUACCGUCCGAUAUGCUUGCUGAGCGUGUUAUACAAAGUAUUCACCAAGAUCAUCCUCACACGCAUAUCUAGGACGCUGGAUGAAGCCCAGCCUCAAGAACAAGCUGGAUUCCGCCAAGGGUUCAGCUGCUUGGACCACAUCCAGACCGUGUCGAAGGUCAUAGAGGUUUGCCGGGAAUACCGCCUGCCCCUUGUUCUAACCUUCGUCGACUAUGAGAAAGCCUUUGACAGCGUAGAAACGAAUGCAAUACUGUCAGCGCUGGUCGAUCAAGGUGUGGACGCGUCGUAUGUGAGGACAUUAGCCAAUUGCUACGAACGAUGCACGACUAGGAUACAGCUUUUCCACCGCCCUCUCACCAUACCCAUUGGAAAGGCGGUACGACAAGGCGAUACUAUAUCGCCGAAGCUGUUCACGGCUGCAUUGCAAUGGAUAAUGAAAUCACUAUCCUGGGAAGAAAGGGGCAUACGUGUUGAUGGAAGAUUUCUUUCGAACCUUCGUUUCGCGGACGACAUCGUUCUCUUUUCGAGCAGUACCAAUGAAGCAGAAACGAUGCUCAACGAAUUGAACGAAGCAGGGAAGAGAAUAGGACUACGAAUAAACAGAAAGAAGACACAGUUCAUAAAGAACGCGCACUGCGAGGACGGAGGAGUACAACUUGAAGGCUCCCAAAUCGUGGAAACUCCGUCAUACGUAUACCUCGGACGUUCUAUGAACAUGGAAAACGACUUGAAGGAAGAACUGAAUAGAAGAAUGAGAGCAGCAUGGGCAGCAUUCGCAGCCGUCAGGGAAGCUACGGACCAACUGACGGACCAUGAUCUUCGUGCCCAUCUGUUCGACUCGACAGUCCUUCCAGCGCUCUGUUACGCAGCGGAGACGUGGGCAGACACCGCGGCCACGUCUAGGAAGCUACUUACUACCCACAGAGCCCUUGAGAGAUGUCUCCUGAAGUUUAACCGGCGCACACAACACCUUGCCGGUCUUCGUAGCUCCGACUUAAGAGGAAUGUCCCGUCUUCGCGACCCAGCGGAAUAUGUAUCGAAAGCAAAACAUAGAUGGGCCGGUCACAUCAUGAGAAGAAUCGACGAUAGAUGGACUAAAAGAACGCUAGAGUGGAUCCCAAGGGACGCUAAACGCCCCCGAGGGAGACCGCCAACGAGAUGGAGUGAUGUGUUCGCUGCACGGAUGGACCAGCUAAGAGCUCAGCUGGAUACGGCUCAAGGACCUCGUCAACGUCACUCACGAAGCUUGAGAACAUCUUGGAUGACAAUGGCGAGGGAACGAAACGAGUGGAAGAGAUGCUGGGGCCCGCACGUCGAGUGA